AUGGUACGAGCUGUUGAUAGACUGCCCUCUCCAGUGGAAAAGCGGCCUAUGAAAGUUAUUGGCCUUGGUCCAAGUCGAACAGGAACGCUUGGUUUGUGGCAAGCUCUGAAGACCCUUGGCUACAAGCCUUUUCAUAUUUCAGAACUAUUGCCUCAUGGCUUUCAGCAAAUGAGAGCUCUGCAGGAGGCUAUCAUUGCAAAUAAGACUGAAAAACCAUUUACUCGAUCUGAUUUCGACAAGCUUUUCGCUGGCUAUGACUGCAUAAUCGAAAGCCCCUGUUAUCUGUGUCCUACUAUUAUUCAAGAAUAUUUGGCAGAUCCUGAAGUCAAAUUCAUCCUGACUGAGCGAACACCAGAGUCAUGGGCAAAAUCUAUCAGCGGGUCCUUGGGCGCAUACCAUGCCAAGCUUGCGCAGCCGCCUCUGUCGGUUGUCCGAUAUUUCGACAGUUUCGUCUGGGAACUUAGGUCACUUUUCAAGGCAAUGACGUAUCGAUGGUCUCGAGGAUUGGAGCCCAAUGACCCCGGUUUCGAUACUGCUCUUGAGAAGAGCUAUGUGGAAUACAUGGAAAGCGUCAAGUCUCUUGUGCCUCCUGAGAGAUUGUUGGUGCUCAAUCUUGAAAAAGGGUUUGGCUGGGGCGAAAUCUGCACUUUUCUAGGCUCCGAGGUUCCAGAUGAGCCGUACCCUCGUAUCAACGCGAUGGCUGACUUUCACGUUGCGGCCGAAAUGGUCCUAUCACCUGCCGUCAAGAAGACAGUACGCAUUUUAUGUUCUUCAGCAGUUGCUGUGGUAGGCGUGGGCAUCUGGUAUUGGCAGAGAAAAAGAUAG